AUGGCUCCUACGAACGCUUUCACCAAUGAACAUGUCCAAGACGAGCAACCCGACGCUGAGUCUACGUUCGUCGUUGGCGAUGAAGAAGACAGGGAUGAUGCCGCUUCCCAAGAGAUCAUGACGAUAUCAACAGCCGAACAGGAACUAGAACCCUACGAAACUUUACGCCUCAGGGUUCCGCAGCUCAUGCGCGAUCUCUUCCCUGGUUACCGCACCGAAGAUGUAGAUAUUGAGCGGAUACAUGACGGCCGACAUAACCGCAUCAUUGGCAUCACGCUCUGCAAAUCCCCACCCAAGGCACCAUGGUACUCUACUCGGGGUAUCCAUGAGAUGAUCCGACCAUGUCUCACGGGUCGGAAGAAUCGUACAAGCAAACCAAAGCAAUUCGUUCUGCGAAUCCCGCGCAACCCUCCUCAGAAUAUGCACCACCAAGUCACUACCCUAGCAUACUUAAGUUACAAGCUCGAACACCCUGUCCCUAAAGUCACCGUUUUCGACGCAGGUGCAGAUAACGCCCUAUGUCACGCAUACAUACUCCAAGAGCGGCUACCCGGCCAACUUCUAAGCAAUCUGUGGCCAACAUUGAAUCAAGCUCAGCGACUCAGUGCCACCCGAGCUAUCUCCAAUAUCGUACUAGAUAUAAGAAAGAUCAAGAAUAAGUGUCCUGGCCUCAUUAGCAUCCGCAACUCCACCUACGAUCUUAAGCGCGAUCUCGUCAGCACUGAAACCGUUCCCAUCCCUCGCACCCGACCUAAUACUCAUCCAACAAGCGUCGACGACUCACUCUCUGUUCCGCAGAGUACAAGAGAUUUCCUGCUCGACCUCUGCGCCCGUCAACGCGCGCAUGCUGGUGUAACGAAACUACCCGCCUGCAACGAUCUCUGGGAUAAGAUCAUCAAGGCGAUCGAAACGCUACAUUCUUUAGGUCUCAUCCCCAGCUCUUCACCGUUCCAUCUCUACCACGGCGACUUUCACCUACAUAACCUCCUCACAUCUGUCACAUCCGAAUCAACCGUCGAAAUAACGGGGAUCAUGGAUUGGGAUCUCGCUUUCUUUGCACCAGCUUUUCUGAGCACGCGCGCGCCGAAUUUUCUAUGGACUAGUGGGGAUCGCAGAGGAGUUGAGGAUGGCGAUGCGAUGAUCGGACCGCAGGAUGCGGAGUUAUUAGAAGUUAAACGUACGUUUGAGAGUGUUGUCGGGGACAGCUUCUUGAAGGAGGCGAACUGUCCAGGACUGAUACUGGCGCGUCGGUUAUUUCAUAUCUUGCUCGAGGGUUUUGAGAAUGGCGGGGACAUUUUUCUUGCGGAGGAGAUUGUUGAGGAGUUUGAGAGGUCACAUCCAUUGGCGUAG